AUGCCCAGGGCAGUGACAGGAAUGGGCCUCAGGAGCUUGAAGGAGUCAGACAGCUCUGAAGAGGAAAUGGAAGGUGUUUUCUGGGAUGCCAGAGGGGAUUUUGUGCAGCUAAAGGACAGCGGACCCUCUCAACACUCCAGCGACAUUGAAGGUCUCAGAGUGAGAAAUACGAGCCGGCCUGUGAGAUCUAAGGCCAGAAGGAUCGCUGCUAACGUUCGAGAACGCAAGAGGAUCCUCGAUUAUAACCAAGCCUUCAAUGCCCUCCGCCUGGCCCUCAAGCAUGACCUCAGCGGCAAGCGACUGUCCAAGAUUGCCACCCUCCGGAGGGCCAUCCACCGGAUCACCUCCCUGUCCAUGUUCCUGCGCUCUGGCUCUGCUGCCCGAUGGCCCUGCAGCCACCAGGAAUGUCUGCCCCAUUAUGGCAGAGUCCAGGAGGAGAAAGCUGUCUGGGACAGUCACCCACAGCCCUUCCAGAUGCCCGUGGACUACAGUUAUAGAGAGGCUGCUCUUCCCUUCCAACCGUACCCUCCUUCUUCUCUCUACUUGAAAUAUUCUCCGGAGACUCAGUUGUCCUCCCAACUGGAAAGUCAGAAGGAGGAGUCCAUCCCUCCCAACUCUGUCUACCACUCCAGCGGGAGCUGUCCUUUUGGGGAACAACCCCCUUGCUAUCCAAAGUACGUGGACAACCUCCGAGCUCCCUCUCCGAGAACAAUUCCCUGGCAGCUUGGGUACCUCCGAGGACCAGGGCCGGGUUGCCAGCAAUCUUUGCCCAUGCACUAA